AUGUGCUGCCGCUAUGCGUGCCUUAAGGCGGCUGCGGCGAAGCGGCGGGCGCGGCAUGCCGAUGGCAGCUUCUCUGACAUGCGUUUGUUUGAGCUUGAGGCUAUUUGUGAGAACUAUUUGGCUAGAUGUCGCCGAAGUGCGCUCAAGAAGCAGCAACGAGAAUCGGAAGAGGAGGAUGCUGAGGCGGCGAUUGCUGAGCAUGAGGAGGAUCGAUCGCCCGCCGCGCAGGCGAAGAAAAUUUGGGCGCGAGCGCCGUAUAUCGCGUGCCAUGGCCGACUUAGCCGCCGGUGUCGCUUCUUCGCCGAAAUUUUCCUCAACCUGUUAGUCGACAAAGUUGUGCCCGAGCUCCUGCUGCUCGUUUGGGCGGCGGAACCGGGUCCUCGCGGCCGAGAUGCGGUGCGCGCCGACACCGGGGCUUCGGCGCGGGGCCAUUUCCGGGCCGUCUCGAGCAACUUCGAAAUCGACCGAUUUUUUGACCUCAACAUCUUGCUGCUCUUUGACCUCAACCUCGCGGCCCUCUUGUUCUUGCUCCCAGCGCUUGCGCUUCGGCGGUUAGUGGUGCACUAA